AUGGGCCAUAAUCACAGCAAAUCAAGACAACAACACCAGACUACUUUGUCUUCUCUUCAGAAUGACCCCGCAGAUCUUCCUCCCACGUACACAGAAGUCUUUGAAGACACUCCGAAACUCCACCAGAGUGACAAAGUGGCAUCGACUUCCAAGACCACAGGUACGGGCUAUGAAACCAAACGCGAUGAACUGCUGCUCGCAGUAAAAGACCGAGAGCGAGAGCUGGUCCAAACAAUCAAUCAAGUGCGUGCAGGAAAACGAUACACCGAGUCCGUAAUUGCAUCCUUAGAACAAGAAGUCAGAACCCUCAAGCAAAGUCUCAGGCAAAAGACCAAAGAUAUAACUUCUCUAGAGGAACAACUUGAAGAAACCGAGAAACUGGUCGAGGACAGGAAUUCUCGUAUCAAGGUCCUAUUGGAGAAAUGCUACUCAGAAUCCGUCAAAGACUGUCAGGGCUGCAAGGAUCUAGAACAGCAGCUCCGAGCUACCAAAUUGGAAACGAUUGCGGAGAAAGAGGACCUCACAACCGAAGUAUACGCCUCUGGCUGUCUGGUCGACUUCGACAACCGCUAUAUCGAGACGUUGUACCAAAGGUUGCAGACCUGCAGAAUUGCCAGCAUGCUGGUGCCACCGCACCUCGACACUGAAGAAACGAAGAUAGAAUGCCUGCAAAAGGCCUGUGAGAGUCUUCCCAGACCGUUUCUAGCGCAAGAACCUCACAACAAAGCCAACUUAUCUAGAGAGCAGCAAGAGAUAACACACUUGUCAACCGCAGCAGCCAUUGAACAUCGACGUCAGCUCGUCGGGCUACAUAUCCAAGAGGUUUAUACCGAGCUACGGCUCGCCAGAGACGAACUCAAGUCCAGAAAUGAUGAUCCGUCAUUCGCGGGUGACGAUUACCAUGCUACCAUAGAUCAAGAGUUUCGUGGUAUUGUAAGGUUAUUGAUUGACUGCCAUAAAUUGAGUGACAGCUACGAUUUCAGAAAGCAGCACAAUCAAGUUCGAACAGACGAACCCUAA